UAUAUGACAGUCUGCUUAGGCCGCUCAAAGAAGGAAGGUCGCGGCCGUUUUUUCCGGCUCCAUCACUCCUAAUAUUGACAGAUCGAAACUAAUUACGCAAUGACAGUUCGCACGCCAUCGAGGGCGGAUCGGGAGGAUGUCCGGUGUGCUUUCCAAGUAAACUCUAAUAGUGAGUUGUUGAAAGAGUCUGUGGGAAAACUAACGGAACCAAAUACACGAUCUCGUUGUUCUGCCGCACUGCAACAAUCCGCUUGAAUUUUAGUUCUGUUCUAGUCGCGCAGAACCGGAAGUGCGUCGGGAUUGUUAGUGAUAGACGCCGAUACCAGUGUGACACUGUCAUUUUGGCAGCAUAUCGUCCGUGUUUUAAUGUUUGGCAGGAACCGCAGCCGUCAUCGAGGAGUCGGUAAUCAGUAUAUUCGAGUAUAUUCCUUGGAUGGUUGUUUCCUCAUAGCUCGAAGCAAUAUGACGCAGUGACUCGCAUUGUACUUUGCUCUCACGAAAGCAGGUCGCAGAGGUCGACGAGAGGCGCGAGGCGCACGGCGGGCGCGAUCCUCGUUAAUUUUGCCAACGAUUCCACGAUCAAGCGAGUGACGAACACGUUCUAGUAUGCCGAAAUCAAUUAGGCAAAUUUACAAAAAAUCACUUACACUUGACAAUUGCACCGAUGGAAGUUAAAACUGGAUAGUGAGAUAACCUCCGUCUUCUGUUAUUAUUAUACCACAGCUUCGGCCAUCGUUCUAGCUCAGUGUCUCUCGAUAAAAAAAUGUCGCUCCGAGAUUUGGUCGACGGAGACUGCGGAGGACCAAGUUCGGUCGUCCGUCUAGCGUCGCAUUAUGUUCAGGAUCAUGGAUUCACGGAAGAGGGAAUCGGACGACCUUUUGGGCCUUCCGCUUCCUUUGAGGGCUCGGAUUCAGACCAGUUGGUUAAACAAUUUUUAGAGGAAACUGCCUCUCACCCUCAAACGUUUCGGAUGGACAGUUUACUCCAAGAAAUGAGACAAAUUGAUCACAAUAUUCAUCCACCGAUACCUGCUCCUGGGGUGAUCAAAGAAUUAACUGGACAAGAUACUGCAUGGGCUAACCAGUACCUUGAGUCUGGUCGUCAUUUUGAUGAGCAGCAUGCAGAUGCUAUAUGGAAUACACCAGUUGACGCCACCAUACCACUUCCUGAGACAUUUGAAUUAGGAUUAGGCCCCAAGUGGGCUGAGGAGUACCUGGAGCAUAGCGUGGAUAAUGUAGAAAAGGAUGUUAAUCAGAACGGUUUUGCUGUUGAAUCCACAGAGACUUUGGAUAACGAUGAUCCAAAUUUUGCUUAUUCAAAGUUCAUGAGGUUUAUGCGGCAAGAAGGUGAUAUUCCCAUUGAAGCUGGUCAGUCUUCGCUCCCGAAUCUAGAAAAAUUGGAUGCCAAGUGGAUGGAAGAGUUUUCUGCCAACAAGAUGAGUAUAUCCGAGGUUUCUGGAGAUGCACAAGCCACCGAUCCAGUCUUAAGCAAAGUUGACGAAGAACUUGCUGCUGCUGGUACAUGGGCCGAGGAGUUUUCAUCAGAAAAGCCAGAGGUUGUAGAUGCAGAUAAUUACGAAGAAAAUUUCUGGUCACGCUUGCAAGACGAGUGGGAAAAGUUAUCAGCCUCCGAUGACGCAAACACUUCGCAUCCCUGGUUGUCGGAGUAUGAAAAGUACUACGAUCCUUUCAAAGAAUACACAUUUCAGAGUGAAAACCCAAUGAAAGAUGUACCAAAUGCUUUGGAAGAGGGUAAAAGAAGACUUGCCGCUGGAGAUUUGCCAAGCGCUGUGCUUUGCUUUGAAGCUGCGGUGCAACAAGACAAAGAUAAUUCGGAAGUGUGGCUUUUAUUAGGAAAAACACAGGCGGAAAAUGAGCAGGAUCCGAUGGCUAUAUCUGCUUUGAAGCAGUGUUUGUCGAUAGAUCCAUCAAAUUCUACAGCCCUAAUGACUCUAGCCGUUUCGUACACAAAUGAAUCCUAUCAAAAUCAGGCAUGUGUAACGCUCAAAGAAUGGCUACUGAAAAAUGAAAAAUACCAAAGUUUAGUCACGCUCAAAAAAAGUCCCGUGCAUCAUGCGAGAUCCAAGGUGUCUUCUCUGUUAUCUGAAGACUUGCAUGAGGAAGUUAAACAGCUGUACAUUGAAGCCGCUAGGAUGAAUCCAACGGAACAAAUAGACGCAGAUGUACAAUGCGGUCUUGGGGUUUUAUUUAAUAUAUCUAACGAGUUUGACAAAGCUGUAGACUGUUUCAAAGCUGCGUUGCAAGUUAGACCUGAUGAUUCCAGAUUGUGGAAUAGAUUAGGAGCGACACUGGCGAACGGCCAACGAUCUGGAGAAGCCAUCGAAGCUUAUCACAACGCAUUAGAAAUAUCCCCAGGCUUCAUAAGAGCGAGGUACAACCUUGGAAUAUCCUGUGUCAACUUGGCAGCUUACAAAGAAGCGGGUGAGCAUUUGCUAACAGCUCUGAAUCAACAAGCAGCUGGACGAGAUGCUCAAGGUGAAAGCGGUCAUCGAGGUGCUAUGUCUGAUACCAUUUGGUCAACUUUACGGUUAGUUGUGUCACUGAUGCACAAAUACCAUCUAAACGACGCAGUAGAGAAGAGGGAUUUAGCAACCCUAAACAAAGAGUUUGAGAUCGAAUAGUCGAAGGUAACAUGAAUGGUUGAAUAGGCAAUAGUGUGUUACACAAUCUUACACGUUCGCCCUAAUUCAUCUCGUAGUAAUUGAUUCUUCUUUUGAAGAAACAGUGAAAUUCAACUCGAUGCGAGGCUGUACGAGUAUGAUUUACGAAUAUUCUAUAACAUAUAUAUGCAUAUGUUAGCAAGAGAAAAAAUAAAAGUAACUGAAAAUAUUUUAUAAAUUAAAUAACAAUAAAAAAAAAUGAAAAUAAGAUACUAACGAUGUAUAUAGACUUGUAUAAUUCAAAGAUCAGUAAUUUAGACUAAACCUUAGUUCUCACUUCAACUGAAUAGCUAUGUUAUUUUACUUUCCUAGAUAAUAAGAUUGCUAUGAACAUCUAUAAAAAGCGAACGUGAGUGAUAACAAAAAAUAAGUUAACGAAAACUAAAAAAAUAAAUGAAUAUCUAAAUACUUGUCGUAAAUUUUAUACUAUUUCUAUAACUUUUAUGGAUUCAUUGUAGAAUUUCACUAAACACUCUCAAACACAGACAAAAUCAAGAAUGAAAAAAAGAAGGCAAAGCAAAGCGCGCCCUGUGAUUCUUAAUGACAGCCUAGGCGUGCUAUUGAUCAGACGUGUCUCCUUUAUAAAAAAUCGAUGAGCAAUUACUGGCGUUCGUGAAAGAGGAGAAUGAAAAAAAUUAUAUGUACAGAAAACUAAAAAAGAAGAACUAAAACCGAGGAACACAAAAAAAGAAAAAAAAAAAUAUUAACAAAUAAAUGAAAAAAAUUGAAAAAAAAAAAUAAAGUAACUCAUCCAUAAAUACACUAUGUACAGUUGAUUUGUAGGAAAUAUUGUUGAGGUGUUGAAUAUUAUGAUUAUACAUAUUUCACAUAUAGCGUACGUAAAAUGUUUAACUUAUAAAUAGGACUUUAACAUAAGUAGAUACAUAGAUAGGUAGAUAUUCAUACACUUGUUAUAUCAUAUACUUAUAUAGAUAUAUACAUACAAAAAAAAUUAUGCUGCUAACACUUCUCAGGUUCUAUUUUUUCUCUCUUCUUUUAUCAUGAGAUAUUGAUAUUCAUCGUUGUUGUUGUUAUUAUCAUUAUUAUUAUUAUUCAUAUUCAUAUUCAUAUUAUUAUUAUUAUUUACUUCUUAAAAUUACAUGUAAAUUCAGCCGCCGAUUUGAAUGAUGUAUCAAUUCUUCCAUUCAAAUUUUAUUCAAAAUUUCUACAAUAUACCGUACGACAGAUUAUUUUCUGAUAAAUCUGUCUCAUAUUUAAAUUGUCCACGUUUUAUACAAAAAUAUACUUGGCAACCGAGUGAAUGUAUUUACAUACUUCAUUCUUUGUUAUACACUACAGCAAUUGAAUAAAAUUUUAAAAGGCUCCAAUGA